UAAUUUUCUAAUACGGAAAUUUCCCGGCUGUCUCUUUGUUGUUUACCUAAGUAAAUUAAAACUCUUUUCUCUCCUCCGCAGAUAGCUUUGUAAAACCAAUGCAACUCUCUGAUAUAUUCCUUUAACUUUUCUUUACCCUAUCUCUCAUGGCUUCUUGUUCGUCCCACAUCAGGAGAUACCAUGUCUUUACGAGUUUCCAUGGUCCAGAAGUACGUAAAGGAUUUCUCAGUCAUUUACACAAUAACUUUGCAACAAAAGGGAUCACAACGUUCAAGGAUCAGAAGAUGGAGAGAGGCCACACGAUUGGACCUGAACUCGUACAAGCCAUUAGGGAAUCGAGGCUCUCAAUCGUAUUGCUAUCAAAGAACUACGCUUCUUCAAGCUGGUGUUUAGAUGAAUUAGUUGAAAUCUUGAAAUGCAGAGAAGAUCAGGGUCAAAUGGUGAUGACGAUUUUUUACCAUGUUGAUCCGUCCGAUGUGCGGAAGCAGAGGGGAGAGUUUGGAAACGCAUUCAAAAAAACUUGUGAAGGGAAAACGGAAGGGGAGAAGAAAAUAUGGAUCGAAGCUUUGGAGUAUGUUGCAACAAUUGCCGGAGAACACUCUUUAAACUGGGAGGAUGAAGCUAAGAUGAUAGAAAAAAUUGCUGCUGAUGUUUCAAACAAACUGAAUCUUACACCAUCAAAGGAUUUUGAAGGCAUGGUGGGAAUGGAAGCUCACUUGAAAGAAAUAAACUCUUAUAUAAGCCUAGACUGUGAUGAAGUGAAGAUGAUUGGAAUUCAGGGUCCUGCAGGAAUUGGUAAAACAACUAUUGCUAGAGCUGUAUUCAACCAGCUCUCUGCUGAUUUUCAACUUAAAUGCUUUAUGGGGAACCUCAAGGAAUGUUAUGGGAGGGAUGGUAUUGAUGACCAUGAUUUAAAGUUGUGUUUACAAAGCCAACUUCUUUCCAAGAUUUUGAAGCAAACGGAUAUGAAGAUACAUCAUUUAGGCGCAAUAAAAGAAUGGCUACAAGAACAGAGAGUUCUUAUUGUUCUGGAUGAUGUAGAUGAUCUUGAACAACUAGAAGCCUUGGCUAAAGAACCAUCUUGGUUUGGUCUAGGAAGUCGUAUCAUCAUUACCACAGAAGAUAGAAAGAUACUGCAGGCACAUAGGGUAAACAGUAUCUACCAUGUGGCUUAUCCAUCCGAAAAAGAAGCUCUUGAGAUCUUAUGUCUAUCUGCUUUCAAGCAAAGUUCCCCGUUGGAUGGUUAUGAAGAUCUUGCGAAACAAAUAGCGUAUCUUUGCGGUAAUCUUCCUUUAGGUCUUCAUGUUGUGGGUUUAUCUUUGCGUGGGGACAGCAAGGAUGAGUGGGAAAAUCAAUUAUCUAAGCUUAAAUCUAGUCUUGAUAGAAAGAUUGAGGACGUGCUACAAGUGGGAUAUGACAAACUAUCGGAUACAGAUCAAUCUCUGUUUCUCCACAUUGCAUUCUUCUUCAACAAUCAAGCUGUUGACCGUGUGACAACCAUGCUAGCUGACAGUAACUUGGAUGUAAAAAAUGGGUUAAAGACUCUUGCGGAUAGAUCUCUCAUGUAUGUGUCGACCACUGGGUGGAUAACAAUGCAUCGUCUACUUCAACAACUGGGAAGAAAAAUAGUUCAUAAACAGUCCGACGACCCAGGGAAACGUCAAUUUUUGGAAGACGCCUUCGAGAUCCACAAUGUGCUGGCAAAUAAUACAGUAAGUUCAUACACCUAUGCCUAUAUAUUUUUUUUUUAUCAAAACACCUAUGCCUAUAUAUAUGAACAAUAUAUUCUUUAGAGUGGUUGAUAAAUCCCAAUUGGUGGGUUGGCGUCUAUCAUUGACAUAGAUUAUUGUCUUCAUUGGUAAAACUUUAACAUAAGCAUUAUACUUCUUAUUAUCAAAGUAAUUACUAUAAAAAAAUUUA